GUGGAAUAAGAGGAAUAAACAGACAUAACUGACAGCAGGCAAACAGUUGAAGACUGGAUGAUCUGAAAAGUACCAUGUCAGUGAAAGAAGCUCAAACUGGUAGUUCAGUUAAGAAAGUGCUUAGGAGAAAACUGACAGUUCCUUCACAUCUUCUACCAGGAAAAGCAAAGAUUAAAACUGGAAGACACCGUGAUAUAAACUACAGCUGUAAUAAGACUGACAUUUCAGUACAAAGCUGUGAAGAGAAAAUCAGUGAAGAAGUUAAAACAGGACGUCAGAGAAAAUCACCUCAAGCUGAUCAAUUGGACCAAAAUCGGUUUGCACAAAAGCUGACUGCUUUAAAGCAAAUUUUCUCAACAUCAGUCGACUGCUUCACAUGCACCUUUAAAUCCGACCACAAUGAAGGUGAAUAUCGUGCAGUUACAAUCUUCAACACACACACCAGAGACUCUGUGGACCUAAAAACUCAGCCAGCUGUCGAUGGCUUUUCAGCUACAGAAAUACAGCAAUGCACCACUGCAGAAUAUAAGUCAUCUGUGGAAGAGAGGGAAGCAAUUCACUUAAAUCCACUCAUUACUGUUACUAAACUGAAGUCAAAAGCAAAGUCGUCACGGCCAGAAAAUUCUUCGCAGCUGAAAACAUGUUGGAGGAAGAGACCAAAAAAGGCUUCUCCUUUCUUCCAAGAGUGUAUUGGAGAAAGUAAGGAGUACAUCCCAUUGGAGAUGAUAGUGCUGGCUAAUAAACACACUGAUGAGAGCAGAACCCCCAGCACAUACCCAAAUGAGAUAAAAUGUCCUGAUGUGCUUACUGUGAGUGUAGAUGUGACUGAUAUAACAUCAGAGAUGAGUAAUGAAGACAGAGAAGCUUUCGAAACAUCACAUGCGAGUGAUGACAUGAAUGUGAUGGCAGGACCUCGAGGAAAUGGUGGUGGGAUUGUGAUUGGUAGUGAAGAGUAUCAGAUUAGCCCACAUUCUUCCGAGAAGUCCCGUUUUGCUCGGAAUAGCACGUUGAGUCAGGAUUUUGGCCAUCAUUUGACUAAUUUGGACAAUUUACCCCAACGAGAAAGCAUAAACACCCCUAAUGUCAACACAAAGAGAACUGCGCCAGAGCAUCCAACAUUUAGUGAUGAGAUCAGACUUCAUGCAGCAUUCAACAGUGACUCAUACUCAAUUCACCACAAUGCUGUUGCAGAAAAUGCCAUGGGUCCAAUGGGAAACACAAUGCCAGCAGGCACUGUGACAGAAAAUGUCGCAGUUAUGGAAAAUUUAGACAUAGACACGUCUGAUAGCAGUUUUUAUGCAAGGAUGGUGCACUCAGAGCAAAAUGCUGAGCAACAGUGUGAGGAAAGAGAGCUCUUCCUGCUACAAACAGCACGCUUUGUGGUUCAAGUUGCCAUAAAAACUGCACUGAAACUGUUUGAAGAAGAACAGCUGGAUACUGCUGCCCAUCUGGAUUGCUGA